UACAUCCGUAUUUACAGGAGUCGUCCGAUCGCUUUAAGGGUAGUUGGAUCACAUCGAGCUUAUUGUUGUUGCUAUUUUUUUGUUUUGUUUUGUUUAUUUUAUUUUAUUUUUAUCAUGGUUAAUAUGAAUCUGAGUACACGUUGCCAAAUUGGUCUUGACUUCUUCGAGUUUUUGAACGAGACUAAUCGAGCAUCCAUAAAGGAAAGAAUUCAACUAAGAGACAUUUACAACGCUGAGUUCAGGAGCAGGAAUGCAGGAACCAGAGAUCCAAACUUCGGUUCAGUCCUCUAUGCUCUGAAGGUGUGCAACAAAAUAACAAGACGGCGUGAAAACAUAACGUUCAACAUCACGGUCAGGAAUCUGUAUGUGGACCAGUGGCAGACUCCCAGGAACCGACAGCCGCAGCCUGUCCAUGGAGCGGCUAGCCUUGAGACCAUACAGGCCUUCAACUCUGCAGAUGAGGCAGAGACAGGAGUGAGAGCCCGGAGAAAACUGGCCAGUCUUCUGAUAAACAAACUCAAGGUGGACAGGACUGAAUUUAUCUCUGAUAAACAUGGGAUCAGCAUCACCUGUGACCAUCCGUUUGAGAACGGAAAACUUGGCCUACGUGUGGAAAACACAUAUGAGUAUGGGGUUAAACUGAGCGUGACAAACACUGGGACAAAGCCUGUGCAUUUCACUUACUACACUCCGCUGCACUGGCUCAGAUGUUUAACCAUGACUGAUGAGCACAGAGUGACCAAACUGAAUCCUCUGCGAAUAUCACCAGGGGGCACAUAUGAAAUCCAGGUUUAUUUCCGCUGUGAUUCUGUUGGGUUUUAUCCCGCUACACUGGCCUUUGAAUUCAAACCUGACUUAACGCCAUCGUCCAAACCGUUCCACAUUGUGCGCUUCAUUGAAGCCCAAUGCAUAACUUCCUUAGGACUGGAGCUGGCACCUGUCGCCCCCUACAAGCCGCGCUCCCUGCCUGCCUGGACCGCCGGACCUAACUGGCCGAUUGUGGACGGACAGCGACCUGAAGGGCAUUCAGUGUUGCAGCUGCAAAACGUGGUUGGGUUAAAAAAGUAUAAAAUACCACCAUACAUGAACCAGCUCAUCGAGGUGCUGAAGCAGUCUCCUUUCUUCUCCGACAGAAGAACAACCAUUCUGAAAAGUCCUCUGUGCUGGGAGAAGUACACUGAAAAGUUUCAGCUGCUGCUGUAUCUGGAGGAACUUCAGAUGGAGGUGGACAUCAGGAGAUAUAAUAUCCCCAACGAUGACAAAACAUUUGCUGUCCUUCAAAGAGACCCAACCAACAAGAAGCUUCUCAUUCUGGAGGUACCUGGUGUGUCUGAGAACCGUCCAUCUGUUCUUCGAGGAGAUGCACUCCUGGUGUACCCCCAAGGAGAAACAGGAGUAAAGUACCGUGGCUAUGUUCACAGUGUGCAGCUGGACAGUGUCAAGCUGGGCUUUGCCUCUGAGUUACUGGAUCGCUUUAUAGACGGGAUGAAGUUCAAUGUUGAGUUCACCAUCAACCGUCUGACAGUGCAACUUCAGCACAGAGCAGCAGAACUGGCUGCUACCUACGGACUGAGAAGUGUGCUGUUUCCUGCUGCUCCUCCCUCAUGUCAUCCACCUGAGCUUCCCUCUCUCAGGCUGUUUGACUCAAAGCUGGAAAGAAAUCCAGAGCAGUAUCAAGCUGUGCAACACAUCGUGGCUGGCUCAUCCAGACCUGCUCCUUACCUUGUGUUUGGUCCACCUGGAACAGGCAAAACUGUAACUCUGGUGGAGGCCAUCAAACAGAUUGAGAAGAUGCAGACCUCCUGCCACAUUCUGGCCUGUGCUCCAUCGAACAGCGCUGCUGAUCUCCUGUGCACCAAGAUUCUGGAUCAUGUGGACGAACAUAAAGUGUACCGCAUGUACGCCAGCAGCCGGGAACCAAAAUUGGUCCCAGAUCUCCUGAAGGCGUGCUCUAACCUGGUUGGAGAGUGCUAUGUUUUUCCUCCCAAAGAUAAGCUGAUGGAGUAUAAGAUCAUGGUCACCACCCUAUUAACGGCUGGAAGGCUUGUCUCAGGAGACAUUCCUGCUGGACAUUUCACACAUAUAUUUGUGGAUGAGGCUGGACAUGCUGUGGAGACUGAAUGUUUAGUCCCAUUGGCUGGGCUACUCGAUACAGAGUCUGGUCAGCUUGUUUUGGCUGGAGACCCCAAACAGCUGGGACCCAUUCUUAGGUCUCCUUUUGCACUGAAAUACGAGAUGGGAGUGUCCCUCUUGGAGCGCUUGAUGAAUAAUUUCCCUCUGUACCAGAAGAACGAGAGCGAUUUCAACAACGGCUUUGUUACCAAACUGCUGCAAAACUACAGGUCUCAUCCUGCCAUUCUGAAGAUUCCCAAUGAGCUUUUCUAUGAUGGAGAGCUGCAGGCUUGUGCAGACGAAUAUUCACGCAACUUCUACUGCAGUUGGGAACACCUUCCAAAAAUGGACUUCCCAGUGAUCUUCGAUGGGGUGGUUGGUGUUGAUGAACGUGAGGCCAGCAGUCCGUCAUUCUUCAAUGUUGCAGAGGUGGAGGUGCUUAUGGGUUAUCUGAAGAAACUCCUACAGUCUCAAGGAAAGAAAGGCCAGGCUAAAAUUGCACCACGAGACAUUGGCAUCAUCGCCCCCUACAGGAAACAGGUGCAGAAAAUUCGCAAAGCCCUGGAAAAAGUUGGGAAAGAGUUCAAGUUGAAGGACAUAAGUCAUCUGAAGGUUGGUUCAGUGGAAGAGUUCCAAGGCCAGGAGAGGAGAGUGAUCAUGGUCUCUACAGUCCGGAGCAGCACAGAUUACGUAGAGAUAGACAAAAAGUUCAACCUGGGUUUUGUCAAGAAUGAGAAGAGAUUUAAUGUGGCGGUGACUCGAGCCAAAGCCCUGCUGAUCGUGGUGGGAAACCCCAGAGUGUUGAACACAGAUAGUACCUGGGCUCGCUUCAUCCAGUACUGCAGAGAUGAAGGCGGUCACAGAAACUUGAACCAGACCGAGGAAGAUGUGGAAAUUAUAACCAGACUAGCUGCCCUCUACAUCAAUAUUGAGGAUAAAGAUGAGACUGCUGAUAAUACUGCUGAGAGUGGUGUUCAGCGGCACCUGGACCCUGAGUGGAGGAAUGACAUGUGAACAGGACAGAAAAGAAGAGCCUGGACAUCCAUUGUCAGAACUUAAAGAAUUUUGUUGUGAUUUUUGGACAAGUGCAUUAUUUCACUGGAUAUGGAUUAUCCACUAAGGGCUCAUUUGCACUUUUUUAGAUAGAUGGAUGAUAGAUGACUGAUAGUACUUUAUCAGGUCCAAGUGGUGAUAGAAAUUCUUCUUUGACUGGCUCAGUGGUCACCUUUUAAAUAUUAAAGAUAAUGAAACGCAGCAAACAUUCAUUCGUAACUUAUUAAAUUAGGAAUUUACCAAAGAUCUAGAAGGAAAUCAUUUGUUUUUUAAUUAGGUGCUGUAAAUUCAUUAACUUUAAACCUUCCAGCAUCAAACAGAAUGACUUGAAUUUCCAUUAUAGUCAUUUCAAUUUAAACUAUCAUCUCAGGAUUGUCGCUAUAGUUUAUGGCUCAGUCACGCCUGCUCUUUUAUAAUUAAGUUAAAUGAUCAUUUUUAUUAGUGGAAUCAGCUGUUUAGCAGCCACAAGUGAAGCAUCCACUCUUUUAAUCAGUGUUAAAAAAUCUGAUUAAUUCAUUAUAAAUGAAAAUUAUUUUCAGGACUGCUUCCGAACUAAAUGGUAUUUUAUAAAAAAACAAAAUGUAUAUAAAAAGUGCUGCGGAAGAGUAAUAAAUGUCUAAAACGUGCAAUCUGGUGUAUGUCAGUUGUGGGCCCUGUCUUGACAUCGAUACAAUCAGUAUGGAAAAACAAAUUUAACACCCAGUCAUCUCAUGUCAAUGCAGUAAAAACAUUUGUAAGACUUUAAACACUGAUUCUGCAAGACAGAUGUAUUUAGGAUAAUCUUAAAAAAAAAAAACAAAACACACACACACAAAACCCUUAACAUGUUUGUCUCAUCCAGACAUUCAACACAUUCCACUGUUUACAAAGCAUCACAUUUUCUCUUCAACUAGACAUUGAAGACUGAGGCACUGUCCAGAUAAUCCAGGCCGACUAUAUUCUGAUCUUUUUGGAUCUGAAUGCACUACAUGGAAACAAAUAUCUAAUAUACUGGUGCUGUGUCGAGGCCAGUUUCCCCGUUGAGAGCUGUUCCCCCUCCAGGUCUGCGACAGUUCGAGAUGUGUUCCCUCAAAUAUAGCUGACCAAUUAUGACCCAGAGGUAUGAAAAUUUCAGGAUUUAUUAAAAACAUAUGAGCUGUAUGAAUUUCAAACUUGUGUGAAAUUGUUCCAAGUAUUUUGUUUAUAACAUUUCACAUGUCACUCUGGUCUUAUUUUAUUAAAAUUUUAGAGGAUGAACCCAGAUUUCAUAUUAAAAUGGCUGUAUACAGAAUGCAGUCAAAUCUAGUGCAGUGGUAUGUUAUAACAAAAUACUGGAUCUAAAACUACAGAUAUGAGACAGGAGGCAGGACUAGCUCAGAGGACGUGUUUGUGAUGUCUGUUAGAGCCAGAAUGUGUGUUUGCCACAACUGUCCACAACAACAGACCACUGUCUCCGGUGUCAGUUUAAACCAUCGCCAUAGAGGAGAGAGCCCAAGUUAUAGUCCAAGGCCUCUCCUUACGGUCACUGCUGCUUCAGAAUACUAUGCAGACUCCAGUGGAUUCAUGGAAGUGUGAUUAGGGUGAAAUUUUAGUCCUCUUCAGGUAAGAAAAUUGAGUAAUAAAGUUUUGCUGAUGUAGCACUUGGUAAAAUACAAGUUUUAGUGUAUAAAGUUUGAAGUGAUUAAUCACAGAAGGGACAGGACAGAGCUGAUAUAUGAAAGGAGACAGAGGUGAAUGCUGGUUUAGAAGCUGAAAAGCAGUGAAUAUGAAACUGCCAGUUAUGGCUAAAAGACAUGGGUCAGUUGGCAUGUAGGCCACAAAACCCUCCUCUGUAAACAAAAUCAUGACACAGAGGCAGAUUUGACAUCUGUAUGUGCACAUAUAAAUACAAACAUACAUUCAUACAUAUAGAAGGAAAAAGCCAAUCCUCCACACAAACUGCUGUGCUGGAGUGAGAAACAAAACAAGAAUUAAGCAAUUACCGCGUGUCAUUGAGGAAACUUUUUUUUUUUUUU